AGCACGUUUAGCUCAAAUUCGGCUCUUCCAGUCCCCAGUCGCCAUGGAGGGCUACUACUCCAGCUUCGACCUGUCAAAGGCGUUAUCCGAGGACCUGGCCGGGCACACCACGCAGGGCGCCCAUGGAUUGAAUUAUCACCAUGGACCUCCAGGGGAUGAAGGGCAAACCUUCUUCAUGCCUUGCAAGUCCAUCAUGGGUCAAGGUGCCAUGAAGGGUGCAGUGAGUCAAAUCAAAGCCUUGGGACACAAGAAGGCGUUGAUUGUCACAGAUGCUGUGCUAGUGAAGGUGGGGGCAGUGAAGGCUCUUACCGAGACGCUGGAUCAAGCGAGCAUUUCAUAUGCCAUCUAUGAUGGGUGUGAACCGAAUCCUACAUGUGGACAGGUGGAAGCUGGUCUCAAGAAGAUCAAGGAGGAGAACUGUGACUUCGUCAUUUCCUUUGGUGGUGGUUCUCCCCAUGAUUGUGCCAAGGCCAUUGCUUUGACUGCCACGAAUGGUGGAGACAUCCGUCAAAUGGAGGGUGUCGACAAGAGCACCAAGCCGAUGAUGACCAUGGUGGCUGUCAACACCACAGCGGGAACGGGUGCUGAGAUGACACGUUUUUGUAUCAUCACGGACGAAACUCGACAUGUGAAGAUGGCGAUUGUUGAUUGGCGUGUUACCCCAACGUUGGCAGUGAAUGACCCGAAGACAAUGAUUGGUAUGCCCAAAUCAUUGACCGCCGCCACUGGAAUGGAUGCCUUGACCCAUGCCAUCGAAGCUUAUGUGAGUACUGCCUCUAACCCAGUCACAGAUGCGUGUGCCAUUCGUGCGAUGAAGCUGAUUAGCGCAUUUUUGCCCACAGCUGUUGAGGAUGGAAAAAAUCUGAAGGCACGUGACAUGAUGGCAUAUGCUGAGUUCUUGGCUGGCAUGGCAUUCAAUUCCGCAGGGCUUGGGUAUGUGCAUGCCAUGGCACAUCAGCUGGGAGGGAUGUACAACAUGCCACAUGGCGUUUGCAAUGCAAUCCUAUUGGGACCAGUGCAGAAAUACAAUGCCAAGUAUGUGCCUGAGCUUUUCAUCGACAUUGCGUUGGCUUUGGGCUUCCAGUGUGGCGAGGACAAGGAUUUGGCUGUGACAAAGGUGCUCGAAACAAUCAAGUUGCUGAAGAACAGAAUAGGCAUCCCCAAGAACCUCAAAGCCUUUGAUCAGGUAAAGGUCGCGGACUUCCCACUCUUAGCUGAGAAUGCCAUGAAGGACGCAUGUGGUGCAACCAAUCCGCACCAGCCCACUAAAGAAGAAGUCAUUCAGUUAUUCCAAGAGGCUUAUGAUCAGGAGGACGAAGAGUCGAUAGAGAUCGCCAACUUGCAGCAGCAAUUGGCGGCCGCUGCAGCUCGUUGCAAAGAUUCAGCAGUGCUUAAGAAGGCCAUGGUUCAGCUACUCCAGGGCUAAGGUGCUGCUGCUUCUUAAUGCAGCGCCCAUGUACAGAACAGUUGUGAGCCUGGGCAUCACUAUUGGGAUUAUUAGGUUGGCCAUCGCUAGUAGGUGGGAGGCCAUCACUAUAAGAAAACGAAACUGUGACCGUGUAUAGAAGAAUUGUGAGCCUGGGCAGUUUCUUUUGUUCUUAGCCUUGAACUACGUAUGCCUGCGUGUUCCCUCAGGCUUCGAGGGGUGAGUUUCAGUGUGCGCAAUGUGCAUCACAAUCGGCUUGUGUCAGAGUCCUCACAAGUUAUAGGAUUCGCCCGUACUGUAGCGGCAAAUGGUGAGAAA